AUGGAGCUGCAGUCGCGUCUUCUGGAGUCCGCGUUGAUCCACUUGGUCAGCGAUGUGAACCUGAUGGAUUUUACGCCGACGCAAGCGGACGAUAACCCGGACGAACGACCCGCGAGCGGCGCCAGAAGGUCCAAGAGGAGAAGAAUCAUCACGAUGGUGCAAAGGCAGGCGGCUAACGUGAGGGAGCGAAAGCGUAUGUUCGGGCUGAACGAGGCUUUUGACGCGCUGAGGAAGAAAGUGCCGACGUUCGCUUAUGAGAAGCGGCUUUCGCGUAUCGAGACCUUGCGCUUGGCUAUCGUCUACAUCUCCUUUAUGAGGGAUCUUUUGGAGAACACUUGA